CGACAGUGUGGGUGUCAAAAAAACAAAGUGAGGAAGCAGCUCAAGUCCUCUGCAGACAGCCAACUGACAGGAAGGAAGGGACUACACUGCGGCUUGACUAAAACUUUUUGCCACUUUUGCCUUCGAUUCCUCUUUAAAAAGUUACAGCACCUUUCGUUUUGAGCCUUCAUGGAAACACGCUACAUUCUGGUAAAAAGGGGGAACUAGAGCUUAGCACUCCCCCCCCUUCCUCCCUGUCUACAGCAAACAAUAUCCUCUUUUGGACCCAACCUGCCCCCGUUUUUGUGUUAUCUCUUUGGUUUUAGUGUGGCACACACACAGCAGGGAUGAUUGUCUGGGCAGAUGGUGCUCAGUGUGUGAACUAGGAGCUGAGACGAGACAGAGAGGGACAGAGUCUUCGUCCAUCAUGGGAUGCUGCAGUGUGACCCAGAGGCAUACUGGAGGAAUAGACGAGGUGGGCCCAGAUGAGAUUGAGCUCCUGGAACUCUCUGGAGACAAUUUAGGGGUGUGGAGUCUGGGAGAGACACGGCUUCAGCUGUCAGUAAGGAACGGCAGAGAUGAGCAGCAUCUACCACCACUUCCUCCACCACCGCCGCCACCACGGCGCUAUCCCUCAAUGCGACACCUAGAGCAAGAGGUGGUGCUGUGGGGCAGGAGCAAAGAUGAGCUGCACCACAGGAUUUACUCCCAGCAGCCAAUUAGAGACUGGGAGGGCCAGCAUCCACACAUGUAUGGAGAGAUCAUCCACUCAUCCCUGGUGUCUCUUUACAACAGCUACACACAGGAAACCAGUGAGCACUUCCUGGUCUUGUUCUCUUUCCACCUGCUGAUCCUGUCUCUGGACCACUCUAGACAAGACUUCAUUUAUGAGGGCAUCCUCCCCCUCUCUGGACUUUCCUUGCAGCUGGUCUCUCUGGACUCGGACAAGUCAAACUCACCUCACAUGUUUGAGAUCAGCGGCCCGAUGGUGGACUCCAAGGUGUUUAUAUGUGCCAGUUCUGCAGAUGUACAGAAAUGGAUUCAACACAUAGAAGACAGAAAGUACAAGUCAAUGACUCAACCCAUGAGUCCCUCCCACUGUGCACUCUCAUAUCUGCUACCCUGUGAUGAGCACUGGAAAAGAGAAGAACUGAAAAAAUACUUACAACAGGCUCCAAUAUGGCAGUGGGAAGGCACACCGAUACAGCACAUGGGUCAGCCUGGAUGUAUAUCUUUGGUCCAUAUCAUCAACACACAGAGACAGGGACUUCAGGAAAGACUGAUGGUUCUCUUCCCUCAAGAAGUGCUGCUGCUGUCAGUGGACAACAAGCGUCUGAAUAUAAGAUAUGAGGGCCGGUUAUCUAGACACAGUAUAAAAGCCGUGGAGAGGUCAGCGCUGCCUGGAAGACUGGAGUUUGAGCUCAUAGGAGAGCUGGUGGAGCCUCUGCUCGUGUCUUGUACCUGUCAGGAAGAUUAUUGGAACUGGAUCUUUCAGUUACAGCAGCCGGACAGAAGCAGCCACGGCACUGUGAGUCCUCCUGCACCUCCCAUCAAACCAAAACUACAGAGGAGCAGGACGGAGUCGCACGAGCCGAUCUUAUCAGACCAUUGUCACAUCAACGGAUGCAGCUGACUCCUCGGAUUCAACGACACUUCAAAAAUUCCUUGUAAAUAAUGACAUGAAAGUGUAGAUAGUAUGUAAAUAUGACUUUUUGACUCAUUUUUAGUAGUGAUGAUUUUGCUAUGCUUUAGUUCUGGACCGGACCUCAGGUGACCGAAUGUUUGCUGUGGCGGCCAUGGAGUUGUAUGGCCAUUUUAGAUAACAGAUAUAAAUAAAGUAUUUGGAAAACA